CCUUAACGCAACAUGCAGUGCUUGAGAGGCGCCCGGCUAGCGCGGGGCCUUUGGGCCGGUCCGCCGGUGUGGCUGCGAAGUCCGCGUGGCCUCUCGCUGGCCCUGGCGCGCACGGUAGGGGCGCCGAGCGCGCGGGACUGGCGGGCACCGGCCGGGGGGACGCAGCGCGGGCGCGCGCUCAGCCUGUCGGCGGCGGCGGUGGUGAACUCGGCGCCCCGCCCCUUGCAGCCCUACCUGCGCCUAAUGCGCCUGGACAAGCCCAUCGGAACCUGGCUGCUGUAUUUGCCAUGUACAUGGAGCAUUGGUUUGGCCGCUGAACCAGGUUGUUUUCCAGACUGGUACAUGUUGUCACUCUUUGGCACUGGAGCUAUUCUAAUGCGUGGAGCAGGCUGUACUAUUAAUGACAUGUGGGACCGUGACUUCGAUAAAAAGGUUAUAAGGACAGCAAGUCGCCCAAUCGCCUCUGGAGACAUUUCAACCUUCCAUUCCUUCGUCUUCCUUGGGGGACAGCUGACCCUGGCACUGGGUGUUCUCCUGUGUUUGAACUACUACAGCAUAGUGAUGGGGGCAGCGUCCUUACUUCUUGUCGUCACCUACCCACUGAUGAAAAGAAUCACAUUUUGGCCUCAGUUAGUCUUGGGCUUGACUUUCAACUGGGGUGCCUUACUUGGAUGGUCUGCUAUCAAGGGCUCCUGCGACCCAUCGGUGUGCCUGCCUCUUUACUUUUCUGGAGUUAUGUGGACGCUGAUAUAUGAUACUAUUUAUGCCCAUCAGGACAAAAAAGACGACGCUCUGAUUGGCCUGAAGUCCACAGCGCUGCUGUUCAGGGAGAACACCAAGCAGUGGCUCAGUGGCUUUGGGGUCGCCAUGCUGGGAGCGCUGAGCCUGGCCGGAGCCAACAGUGGCCAGACCGUCCCGUACUAUGCUGCUGUGGCUGCCGUAGGAGCCCACCUUGCUCACCAGAUAUACACUGUAGACAUCCACCGACCCGAGGACUGCUGGGAUAAAUUUACCUCCAACCGCACAGUAGGAAUACUCCUGUUUUUAGGGAUUGUCCUUGGGAAUUUGUGGAAAGAAAAGACGAAAGAAACAGAAGACGUUAGAGUAGAGAAUUAGCAGAUAAGCUGAGCUUGAUGGCCCCUCAGGAAGCAGGG